CUCGCUCGCUCGCUCGCUCGCCUGCUCGCUGCGCUCCCUUUGUGGCCCGAGUCGCGCGCACCGGCGGCGGCGGGGACAGCGAGGCGCGUGCUGUGCGCGGCGGCCGCUCGGGACGGGACCGGGCAGCUGGCGCCGCGGCGGCCUCGGAGCAGGGCGCAUCAUGCAGCGUACCGGAGAGAAAACUGAGAAUGAAAUUGCUUUGGCAAGCUAAAAUGAGCUCGAUUCAGGACUGGGGUGAAGAGGUAGAGGAAGGCGCUGUUUACCAUGUCACCCUCAAAAGAGUCCAGAUUCAACAGGCUGCCAAUAAAGGAGCAAGAUGGCUAGGGGUUGAAGGGGACCAGCUGCCUCCAGGACACACAGUCAGUCAGUAUGAGACUUGUAAGAUCAGGACCAUUAAAGCUGGCACCUUGGAGAAGCUUGUGGAGAACCUGCUGACAGCUUUUGGGGACAAUGACUUUACCUAUAUCAGCAUCUUCCUGUCAACGUACAGAGGCUUUGCCUCCACGAAAGAAGUGUUGGAACUGCUACUGGACAGGUAUGGAAACCUGACAAGCCCAAGCUGUGAAGAAGAUGGGAGCCAAAGUUCAUCUGAGUCCAGGACGGUGCUCAGGAAUGCAAUYGCUUCCAUCCUGAGGGCCUGGCUUGACCAAUGUGCUGAAGAUUUCCGAGAGCCCCCCCUCUUCCCUUGCUUAAAGAAACUGCUGGAUUAUCUCAAACGGAUGAUGCCAGGCUCUGACCCGGAGAGAAGAGCACAAAAUCUUCUUGAGCAGUUUCAGAAGCAAGAUGUGGAAACUGACAAUGGGCUUCCCAACAUCAUCUCCUUCAGCUUGGAAGAGGAAGAGGAACUGGAGGGAGGAGGGUCAGCAGAAUUCACGAGCUUCUCAGAAGAUCUCGUGGCGGAGCAGCUGACCUACAUGGAUGCACAACUAUUCAAGAGAGUAGUGCCUCACCACUGCCUGGGCUGCAUUUGGUCUCAAAGGGAUAAGAAGGAAAACAAACAUUUGGCUCCUACGAUCCGUGCUACCAUCUCUCAGUUUAAUACCCUCACCAAAUGUGUUGUCAGCACCAUCCUUGGGGGCAAAGAACUCAAAACCCAGCAGAGAGCCAAAAUCAUCGAGAAGUGGAUUAACAUUGCUCAUGAAUGUAGAAUCCUGAAGAAUUUUUCCUCCUUGAGGGCCAUCGUUUCAGCAUUGCAGUCUAAUUCCAUCUACCGGUUGAAGAAGACUUGGGCUGCUGUCCCAAAGGACCGAAUGCUGAUGUUUGAAGAACUUUCAGAUAUCUUCUCAGACCAUAAUAACCAUUUGACCAGCCGGGAACUACUGAUGAAGGAAGGAACCUCCAAGUUUGCAAAUCUGGACAGCAGUGUGAAAGAAAACCAGAAGCGAACUCAGAGGCGGCUCCAGCUCCAGAAGGAUAUGGGUGUGAUGCAGGGCACUGUACCCUACUUGGGCACCUUCCUGACUGACCUGACCAUGCUGGACACUGCUCUCCAGGAUCACAUCGAGGGUGGACUGAUAAACUUUGAAAAAAGGAGAAGGGAAUUUGAAGUGAUUGCCCAAAUAAAGCUCCUACAGUCAGCUUGCAACAGCUAUUGCAUGACCCCAGACCAGAAGUUCAUCCAGUGGUUCCAGAGGCAGCAGCUCUUAACAGAGGAGGAGAGCUACGCCCUCUCCUGUGAGAUUGAAGCAGCUGCUGAGGCCAGCACCACGUCUCCCAAGCCUCGGAAGAGCAUGGUGAAGAGGCUCAGCCUACUGUUUCUGGGGUCGGACAUCAUCACCAGUAGCACUCCCACCAAAGAGCAGCCCAAGUCCACAGCCAGUGGGAGCUCUGGGGAAAGCAUGGACUCCGUGAGCGUGUCAUCCUGCGAGUCGAACCACUCCGAGGCCGAGGAGGGCUCUAUUACUCCCAUGGACACACCCGACGAGCCUCAGAAGAAGCUCUCUGAGUCCUCCUCCUCUUGUUCCUCCAUCCAUUCCAUGGAUACAAAUUCCUCAGGGAUGUCAUCCUUAAUCAACCCCCUCUCCUCCCCUCCAUCCUGCAACAACAACCCUAAAAUCCACAAGCGCUCCGUCUCCGUGACAUCCAUUACCUCCACAGUGCUGCCUCCUGUUUACAACCAACAGAACGAAGACACCUGCAUAAUCCGCAUCAGUAUAGAAGACAACAAUGGCAACAUGUACAAGAGCAUCAUGUUGACAAGCCAAGAUAAAACCCCCGCUGUGAUCCAGAGAGCAAUGCUGAAGCACAACCUGGACUCAGACCCAGCCGAGGAGUAUGAGCUGGUGCAGGUCAUCUCAGAGGACAAAGAACUUGUGAUCCCAGACUCAGCAAAUGUCUUCUAUGCCAUGAACAGCCAAGUGAACUUUGACUUCAUUUUACGCAAAAAGAACCCCAUAGAAGAACAGGUGAAACUGCGCAGCCGGACGAGCUUGACAUUGCCUAGGACAGCUAAACGGGGCUGCUGGAGCAACAGACACAGCAAGAUCACUCUCUGAAAGGGGCACACGUGGCCCUUCGCUUGCCACAGGCCGAGCAGGGCUGAGGAAGGCUGUGGUGAUUGCAAUGACCAUCCAGUGUUAGAGGAUCAUUGGUGACAUCAGCAGAUAUUUAUUGAGUACUUAAGGUGUGCAGAGCACUAUGUGGGGAGAUUGGACAUGACUUGACAAGAAAAGGAUGAACUAGUCACUGAUUUUCUUCGACCUAUUUGAAGCUGAAAUACAAAAUUAUCCACAUGUGUAAAUAUAUAUAUACACAUAUAUUGAGUGUGUAUGUGUGUAUAUAUAUGUAGAUAUAUAAGAGGGACUUUAUGGGAUAUUCUGGACUAUGGAAAACAAAUUUGCACAAUGACCUAAGAAAUUGAGGUCACUUUUUACAGGGAAAUAGAAGAAACCGAGAACCGAAACUCCUACCUUCUGAGUUACCAGGGUCAACCCUAGGAAUGCAGAUUGUCCUUUGUGCCAGUAUUACCUGAAGUCUGGGCUUAAUUUUGGUAAAGGGAGAGGAUUUCUUUCUCAAUCAAGUGCCACCAGAUAAAACAGUUGCAGGGGGCCGGAACUGCCACAGGCUGAAUGAAAUGCCACUUUGGGAAGGGUUUGGAUGAGUCAGUGGCCUCCUACCUCUGCCUGCAUCUGCCACUCUCUGCUCCCCAGGAGGGCAAGGAGGGACUCCAGAGGCCCCUGUGCCCCACUGGUCGCCAUCACAACACCUCUAGAGUCAACAUGAGCCCGGUUCGAUUUCUGGAAACCCUGUUGUGUUUGUUUUCUCUCCUAAAGAACAUAUCAUACUCAUUGUUGCACAGAUAGCCAUGUUCUUCAGUAACUUAUCAGCCAGGAAAGAAAGCGCAAAAGAAUGAUGACCUGUUUGGAUGGACCCUUACCUGUCUUGGAAUGCCACUACUUCCUUGCCUUUUCUGAUCACCGUUUGCAUGUAAAAUUGUCUGGAGUCCUUUGCCAUCUGGAUCCUAGUACCUCUAUUAUGUGCAAUUUGUUCCUCAGGUGUAGACAUUUCUACUGCGAUUGACUUCAUUUAAUCAUUUUGAACCUGUGAAAGAUUCCUGAACAGCAAUUAUCCUGUUAAUAGCCCCUUGAAGAUGAUCCCUGCUGAUAACAGCAUCUAUUUUGCUUAUUAACUUUUAUAGCAUUCCUGUGCCUAGUCAUGGGGAAAGAAAUGGGACUGCAUAUAUUAUCUCAGUCCUUUCUCAAAGAGGUACAUUUGUCCAGAUGGAAUUGAUAAUGUUGUUUUUUCAGGCCCCAUACUGGCUACAACAGUGUCACAUUAAAGUGACAUUUUUGUCUCUAGUAACACCAUCAUGGUCUCCCUUCCAAAUCUGAGCUAUGCUGGGGUUUGAACUAAAAAGCCAUAUGUGGGAAGUUGAUAUGUGUAAGAAGCACUUUCAGAUUAUCUUUUUUUAAGAAAAGAAUUUCCCAAAAUACCAGUUUUUAUUCCAAAAAUAAAAAGAAUGAACCCAGAAUAUGAAGUACAGAUUGUAACAUGGAUCUUUUUAAAAAAUUUCUAAUCCUGUUACAGCUCCCAAAGGUUGUGUGGGAUUGAUGUUAUGUAAAUAGACAUGAAUUCUACAAGAAACACCCAAACAAGUUCAGAGAUUUGUGGUAACGGACCAAAGAAUGAGCCAGAAAGUCCUCAGAUUUCCUUGGUCUUUCUAGGAGAUUGGACUGUGCAUUGUAAAGAUCGACUGGGUUUCAACUAGUCGAGAAAGCACUUUCUUCUGUUUGUGAGCCUCCAAUUUAUGCUUUUGUGAGGGGAGGAGAGAGGGUCAGGGUCACAGCCAUCAUGGAGACUGAAGUAAAGGUAGCCCCAGCCUGGUGCAAAGGUCAAAAAGAAAAUGUAGAACCAUUGGCCUGGUCUAGGGUGUGGCUACCAAGACAUACAUGUUGUGUCCAUGUGCUCGCCCUGUGUUUAUACUGUACAUGUAGAGCCUAGAUUUAUAUACUGCAAUGUAAAAAAAAAAAGUAUAUAUAUAUAUAUAUUUACCUUUUUUAAAAGAUAAUGGAAAUUCCAAAGUAGAUAAAACAUGGCCUCAUUUAUUUAAUGCUACUUUAACUGUCUUAGUUUGCUUCCUGGUGGACAGCCGGGCAAUGCUCUCAGCUGCUCGCAUGCUUGUCUCUCUGCAUUUCCAUCAUCUGUUUACCUUUUGGUUAAACUAAUAAACUGGUUUGGGACUUGGUUGGCAUAUGCUGCCAGACCCGAAGGGAUUGUAUCUGGAGUGUUAA